CGAGGUACGCCGGCUGUCGAUUGGUUAAGGGCCCUAUCCUUCUCCCAUGCCUCUUGCUGGUAGAGCCGGUUAGCGGGGUCGCGGAUGGAGAGGCGCUUUCUGCCAGGGUUGGAAACUUACAAAAAUCAAGAGUAAAGAAGCCCAACUGAACUUGAAAAAUGGCAGGAUUCCUAGACAAUUUCCGUUGGCCUGAAUGUGAAUGUAUAGAUUGGGGUGAAAGAAGAAAUGCAGUUGCUUCUGUGGUGGCUGGGGUCUUGUUUUUUACAGGCUGGUGGAUAAUGAUAGAUGCUGCAGUAGCUUAUCCUAAACCAGAAGAAAUGAAUCAUGCAUUUCACACUUGUGGAGUAUUUUCCACCCUAGCUUUUUUCAUGAUAAAUGCUGUAUCAAAUGCUCAAGUAAGAGGUGACAGUUAUGGUGAUGGAUGUUUAGGAAGAACAGGUGCUCGUAUCUGGCUCUUCAUUGGCUUCAUGUUGAUGUUUGGCUCACUUAUUGCUUCUAUAUGGAUCCUUUUUGGAGCAUAUGUUACCCAAAAUAUUACUGUAUACCCAGGAUUAGCUGUGUUUUUUCAAAAUGCUUUGAUAUUUUUUAGUACUCUUAUUUACAAAUUUGGAAGAACAGAAGAAUUGUGGGCGUAAGAAUCCAUUUUUCUUCAUCCUGCAUAGCAACUUUUUGUGUAAAUAAUAUAAUUUACAUUUUGUUUUUAUUUUGCCAAACUCAUUGAACGUAUUGUAUGUUUAUUUUUUUUUUAAGUGAACUGAUUUUAGGAUUUUGUUCCAAACAUUUAGUAGAACAAAUUUGUUCAUAUGUAUAUAUUGCGGUUAUCUGUAAUCAAUGACCCUAACCCUUUAUUGCAACUGGCAUUGUUUGGUUUUGAUGAUACAUAGGGAAUAUUAUAAAUGUAAAGAUUUUUCAAGAACACCUACUGCUCUUAAGCACAAAUAAGCUUAGUACCUUUUCAGAUGGCAUCAGCCAAGAGGCAAAGAUUUAGUGAUGGAAAAGUGAGAGACUGAAAUUUAUCAUGAAUAGUAUCUGCAAGAUUCCAUCAUUAUAUGGUAAUGCAUGACUAUACCUCUUUAAGCAUCAAUUUUAAAAAAAUGAUUGUGUAAACAAACACCAUAUUCCAAAAUUUGCUUCAUAUAACACUAAUUUCACAAAUUUGUGAAUAGCCCAUGCUACUGCAAAUGCACUAAGAGCUUAAUUUUUUUAGCACAGCAUGCCUUAAAAUGGGAUGGUCCCAAAAGUGCUGAUAGAUUUGAGAUAUCAAAAAUUGAUAUGAAGUUUUACAAUAUUUAGACAUUUUGUUAAAGAUGUUUUAUAUCACUUAAGAUUCUGUUCAUAUACAGUAUUAUUUAUACAUAGAGAUUGCAAUUAUUUUAAUGCAGAAUCGUUGUGUAUUUUAUAUGCUAAUGCAAUAUGCAGAGUAAGGGAGGUUUUAUGUUAAAAACAAUUCAGGAACUCCUAUUUUAUUAUUUACUUUACUUUAUUAGGAUAACUUCUGUAUCUUUAGAUGUGAUCUUCUAUAUUCCAAAUUAAAAGGAUCAGUGGAGAGAGAGUAUAUAUUUUUAUUACAAUGUAUGGUAAGAGUAUCAUCUUAAAUGUUUUCCAAUAAAAUUUAGAUAUUUAAUUUAUAUAAACAUGUAUGCAAAGUGGUGACAUAUUAAUCUAGACUAACUAUACACUGAAAAUUAUGAUAUGCUGUAUAAUUUAAAGUUAAAUUAUGAAUACUCAAAUUGCUCUACAGUCUGACUAUAGAAGGUCUGAAGCAGAUAUUCCAUGACAUAUUGCAUGCCUUUGACUUUUCCCAUAACUAGAAAAUAAAUCUGCCCAGGUAGUUAUUUCUUAAAGACUUUCUUAGCCCUCUCAAAGGACAGACUAUGAAGCAAACUUGACAUGCUAAGAGUUGUCCUUUUUUUUUUCUUGGAGUAGACCAUAUUUCAAAGAUUAAACUAUUUUGUUCAAUGUAAUUACAUUAAAGUCAAAUAAUCAGCAAUAUAAAAA